AUGGAUAAUGAAAAACAAAGCAACUCCACAAUUAAUACAAAAGAAAACUCACUAAUAGAUAUUCAUAAAAUAGAAAAGAUUUUAAAAGAUAUACUAAAGAAGUAUGAACAUAAAACUCAAUUCAAACAAGACUCUGUUUUAACCCUAGAAAGGAUGGUAGAGUUAUUUUUAGGAAUUAUUUUAAAAAACAAUACUAGUAACAAUGUGUUGACCGUAAGUGGAAUUUACAAAACAAUAAUGGAUUUAGAAUUGGACUUUUUAUUACCCGAUGGGGGUAUAACAAAAAAAAAUAGUGGAGUAGAUAAUCUAAACGAUUAUUUUUGUAAUGAUGAAGAAAAUCACAAAAACAACUAUUUUUAUGAUAAUGACGAUGACCAAGAUUCUGAGGAAUAUGAAAACUUUUCAAAUUUGGAUUCAUUAUAA